GGCAUCCCACAUCUACACAGCUGCUCCUGUUGAAGCAUUGAGAUAAACAGUGAAGAGGACAUAUGGAUCUGUUUCUCCCUACAGAGGCAAGUGGAGGUGAGUCGCUGCCCGGCAUGAACGGCACCCCCAGAAACAGGAAGUAGAAGCUAAAGCAGCUGUCUGUCUGCCAUGGCCUGUGAGCCUCCCACAGACCCUGGUGGGGCAGCUGGUCCCCUGCCCACCUCUAUCUUGGGCUGCAGCACCCUGCCUCAAAGGAGCCCUCCUGGCUGGGGACAAGAGCUGCACAAUGGCCAGGUCCUCACAGUCCUCCGGAUCGACAAUACCUGUGCACCUAUCUCCUUUGACCUGGGAGCUGUAGAAGAGCAACUGCAGGCCUGGGGCAUUCAGGUCCCUGCUGAGCAAUACAGGAACUUGGCUGAGAGUGCCCUCUUGGAACCUCAAGUGAGGAGAUACAUCAUCUACAACUCUAGACCCAUGCGGCUGGCCUUUGCUGUUGUAUUCUAUGUGGUGGUGUGGGCCAACAUCUACUCUACCAGCCAAAUGUUUGCCCUGGGCAACCAGUGGGCAGGCGUGCUGCUUGCCACUCUGACUGCCGUCAGCCUGACCCUGACCCUUGUGCUGGUCUUUGAGAGACAGCAGAGAAAGGCUAACACUAACACAGACCUGAGGCUGGUGGCCACCAAUGGAGCCCUUCUGAGACACCGGGUGCUGCUGGGGAUGACUGACUCAGUGGAAGGAUGCCAGAGUGUGAUCCAGCUCUGGUUUGUCUACUUUGACCUGGAGAACUGUGUGCAGUUUUUGUCCGACCAUGUCCAAGAAAUGAAGAGGAGCCAAGAGUCCUUGCUGAAAAGCAGAUUAAGCCAGCUAUGUGUUGUCAUGGAGACGGGAGUGAGCACUGUGGUGGAAGGGCCUGAGGAUUUGGAAGAUGCCCCCCUCCUGCCCAGCACUCCUGGUCAUCAGGAAAGACCACUCAUGCAGACUGAACUCUAUCAGCUUGUUCCGGAUGCUGAGCCAGAGGAGAUGGCUCGGCAGCUGCUGGCAGUGUUUGGUGGCUACUACACUCGGCUCCUGGUGUCCUCUCAGCUCCCCCAGCCAAUGGGAACUCGACACACAGACUCUGCAAGGGUCCCAUGCCCCUGCCAGCUCAUAGAAGCACACAUUUUGGGCACAGGAUGCUGCCCAUUCCUGGCCAGGUGACCUAGGAAUCUUCAUCUUCCUCCGAGACUGAGAAGUGGAGGAGGAGUCAGGAUCCUGGUGUGGGGGACAGUGAGUUCAGAUGAAAUCAGCAUUUGGAGACACUUUGGAGAGUGUCUGUUGGUUAGGGGGUCAUCAAGUGCAUGCCAGAUGCCUUAUUGGCAUCAUAUGCUGUCCUGGCCUUGCUGAAGCUAGUGGCUGAGCUAGAGUUGCCUGGGCCUGUAGCCUGGAUAGAGGAUCCCUUCUGUUGCCUGUGGAACACCAGAAACCUGUAGCCAACUCCUCAGAGUUCAGAGAGAAUGCUGCUCUGUCUGAAUUGCUCCUGGCUGCUGAUAAGCCCACCCACUUCCGGUGAGAGGAGGUCUCGGAAGGGUGAACCAGCUUGUGAACUACAGUACCAUUCGGGCUUGCUGUCUGUCAGCACCUGGGCUGUAGACAACAGGGCUGGAGGACAGGGGUGAGGAGACCAGAGUUGGUGACCAUCAACAGGGGCACUUGGAAAAGAAGACCUUAUCGGUGGGACUCAGACUGGUUUUGCGCAGCCACAUGCUGGCUUGUGAUGGUGAUUUUCUCCUGCAGAUCAGCAAUGGUGUUUUCUGACACUCCGCUGUUAUGGAACGAAGUGUGAUCAGACAUUCUGGGUUUGAAUAAAGAGGUCAGAGACUUCUCUAAGAGUUUGAAGACUGCCCACAGCACCAUGUCCAUAGCCCUUAUCUUGUGUGAAGGUCCAGCUCCAAGAUCCAGCCUUCAUGGUUUUUGUCCCCCACAAAUCACCAUUAUAAGUUGGAAUUCUUCCCUGAACUGGCAGAUGUAUUUGUUCCUGUUGGACUCUUACUCAUGCUUCAAAAUCCAGCUUUCCGCAUCCCUUCUGCUGCUUUCUGUCUCGUUGAAAUUCCUGAUGGAGCUGCUCCUGUUAUUGAGAUAUUCUGUCAUUCCAUUUUUUCUCCUGUAUAUAUACCUCUUUUUCUAUCGAGACUGUCAACUCCUCAAGGUCCAACACUGUACCCAUCUUCCUUUUGUAAAUGACCUGGACUUGCUUAGAACAAAGUAACUCUGAAAAGUCCCAUGGUUCGGUUGCUUUAUCCUCUCUACCAGUUGUGGCAAAUUGUUCUGCAAACGUGGUUGAAUGAUAAGACCUAGAUCAUGAUGGACCAGAGUUUUGAGCGAUGUCACUUUGUUUGUCCACCCUCCAUGUCCUGGAUGAUUCUGGCCAUUUCCAGCUCAUUGUGCUGUUUGUUAUUCUUACCUCAUGCAUAAAGUGCUCCCCUGACACCCCCCCCCCAAUGCUGAGGUGGCCUUGGUGAUAUGUCAUCUGUCAUAGAUAGUGAGCUGGAUUCUUGUUUUUGCACAUCUGCCAUCUCUAGGGCUGUGUGGCCAUGGCUGAGUGUACUGCCUUCUCAGUGUGUCCACCAACCCCUCUGUAGAGCCCUGUGGUGGACUGAAAUGGCACAGUGCUGGAGACUUGCUGGGUUAGACACAGCCUACCUCUUUGCUUUCUCUGUAUCCAAGAUGGAGCCAUGUCCAGGGGCAGCUUUGCUCAGUGGAAUACUUCACUGUCUUGACCCACUGUGGGAAAUCUCACUGAAUUUUAGCAAGGGAGCCUAUGCUUGGGUCAUCUGGUCACAGAACCCUUCAGUAUAAUAAUGGAGAAUAAAACUGUAUUUGGUGAAUGACCCAG